UUUUACAGCGUCGAUGAGUUACCACUAUGACGAACAAAACUGUGGCUAUAAAGAUCGACUUUGAUGGCCGUAGCGACUACAGUCUUCAAUUAAAUCGCUGGUUCCUAAAACCGAUCGGUGCGUGGCCUUCUUUUCCCUCUACUUCGAGACUCGAAAGAAUCAUGUCCUUCGUUUUAAUCGUCAUCUGCUAUAUCAUUUUAAUCUGCACUAUAAUCCCCUGUUUACUCCACAUAAUCCUGGAAAAUGAAAGUUUUCGUAUUAAACUAAGGCUGAUUGGACCUGUGAGUUAUUUGUGCGUUGGUAGCAUCAAUUAUACUACUCUGUUAUUACGAGGUAAAGAUAUACGAUAUUGCGUCGAGCAUAUGCAAACAGAUUGGAGAACAGUGAAGAGGGAAAAGGAUCAACAAGUGAUGCUGAAGAGCGCGAAAUUUGGUCGCUAUGUGACGGCUUCAACAGCGGCCUUCAUGCAAGGUGGUGUUUUUUGUUAUUGUUUCAUGACAGCGUUGAGCACAGAAGUAAUCCAAGUAGGUAAUGAAACGAGAAUCGUGCACCAGUUGCCAUACGUGAUAUACAAAGAAUUGAUAGAUAUCAAUGAAAGUCCUACGAAUGAGAUUAUUCUCUUUAUGCAAUUUUUAACUGGGUUCAUCGUAAGUUCUAGUACACUAGGGAUUCUCAGUAUAACGGUUGUUCUAAUUGCUCACGCGUGUGGCCAGUUGAAUGUUGUUAUGACAUGGAUCACAGAAUUUGUAAAUGAAUCGAGAAAAGAGAAAAUAGCACCAUUUGAGAACAUAGGGAUUAUCGUGGAACGUCAUCUGAGAACGCUGAGUUUUGUAUCGAGUAUCGAGGAGACGGUAAAUCGAAUAUUCUUCUUGGAAGUGCUUAGAUCCACCCUGCAUAUGUGUAUGCUCAGCUAUUACAUUGUUACGGUAUAUAUUAAUCACUGAUAUUUCUCAUUAUAAUAUAUUAAACUAAAGAGGACUUAUUAAAGUAAUCAACUAUAAAAUUUAUUUUAUUAUUAAGUCCUUUCUGUGUAUGGUCGUUGCAUUCUCUUUACAUAUUUUAGGAAUGGUCUGAUAGCGAUAUUCAAAUUUUGACCACCUAUU